UUGCGGCUCGUGGUGGUUGGGGGGGACCUGAACUUCGAUGACGGCGCCCAUUCAUCAUAUAAGGAUCCGCAGCGGGCUCGGCAGCACGAGGCUCGCCGAGAUCACGCCGCGCCCCUGUACUGGCAGCAGCUGCUCGGCCGCUUCAUGGAGGUCAGGAUCGACUUCCCAACGCACUAUGACGUACACCGGCAUAAAUCCUCUACGUUGGACCGGCUCUACGUCUCACUGCCGCCCGAGGCCGUUUUUGGCAUCUCCAUGCGCGCCUACCUUGCCUCAGACCCGGCCGCGCUCUCAGACAAGAAGCUCAGCGACCGCGGCAUCCUCGUAUGGGAGCUGAGCAAUGCCAAGGACCCUGGACGCAGAUAUUGCCCCAUACCCGAAUGGAUAUGCAAGGAGCCGCUCUUCGCAACCACGUUUGCGAAGGUGGUGGCCUUCUCCAGGAUCCCUGAGGACCCGGUCGAGGCGUGGAAGAUCACGAAAGCCAACAUCUCAGUCGCCGCCCGCGCCACGCGCGACGUGUUGACCCGAGAGCCAGACUCGAGCACCAGAGCGCCCUAUCCAGAUGCGCGCUUGCUCGUCCUGCGGGCUGCCGCUCGCGCGCACUGGCGCGAAGACAGCCGCGCGCUCAGCGUCUUGGUCAGCUCAGCCCCGCUGCUGGCAGAUGUCUUCACGGCUUCCGAGGCAGGCAUUGCUCUCUCUGACCAUGCGGGCUUCGCUGCUGCGAUCCGCGCGGCGGCCUCCGCCGUGCUCGACCGGGGCCGCCUGGCUGCCAUGGCGAAUUCAUGCAUGGCUCUGCAGCGUGGCGCCCAGGCUAAAGGGGCUUUCUGGACAGGCAGGGCUGUGCGAGCCGCCCAGAAGGCCCAGCUGUGGCGCCCCUUCCAGAGUGCCCAGGAGGUGCCAACUGACGAGAUCCAUAGCUACCUCCAGUGCCGCUUCCCCCGCCUCCCCGACACCCAGCUGCCUUUGCCGGAUAUCGAGGAUGUGGAGAGGGCAGCGCGACGCGCCCGUCCCGCGGCGGCCGGCCCCGACGGCAUUCCCUAUGCCGCGCGGGCCCGGGCUCCUGGAGCUACCCAGCACCUGCACGCAGCCAUGCUCGCCAUCAUGGGCGGGGCGUGCCCUCCGGAGGGCCUCAAUGCCUCGUGGCUCCAGUUCGCACCUAAGGGGGGUGACACCCCGUCGGCGGCGCAGGUGGAGCGGGAACCUGCCAAGACCCGCCCACUUGCACUCAAGAGCUCUGGCGCGAAAUUGAUGGCGGCGGCGGCGGCCAACAGGUAUCUCUCGGUUGUCGCGGAGAGGCACGUCCCGAGCUCGCAGCGCGGCUUCGUCAAGGGCCGGAACUUCUUGGAGAACGCGUGGCGGCUCGAUGCCCAGGCGAGGGUCGCCGCGCUCGACUCCCCGGAGGCCCUCGCUCGCCGCCGCCCGUGCCUCGUCUCCUUCGACGUGGCUGCGGCAUUUCCCAGCCUUGAAUGGGCUUGGCUCUUUCCGGCACGCUCCCAAUUCGGCAUCCCGGACUCGUGCAUCCAGUUGAUCAGGGCGCUCUACGACGGCCAGCACUGUUGGGCGCGCAUCGGGGCACGGUCUUUCUACAUGUGCCUCGUGCUCACGGGCGUUGCUCAAGGCCGGGACGCCGAGCUCGGCGUCUGCGCCGACGACAUGGGCAUCGUGAUGUGGGACAUCGGCCUCCUCGCCCUCAUCGAGCCUCACUUCCAGGCCAUGGGGCGCCUCGCAUGUUUGCACCUGCAGCCGCGGAAGUGCGUAUUGGUGCCGCUGUGGCUGGCCGCCGAUGACCUGCCAGCUGCGCUCCAGGCCAUCCGCGCAGCUCUCAGAGGACUCGUCCCUAGUUGGUCUGAUUUCGACAUAGCCUCUAAAGCCAAGUACCUUGGGUUCGUUCUGGGCCCAGGGUCAGACCUCGGAGACUCAUGGCAUGCCGCCGCCACGAAGUACAAGCAGCGCACGGCCGUGCUCCAGACCGUGCCGGUGCCGACGGCAGAACUGAUCACCAUGCACAACGGAUCAGUUGUCUCUGUCCUCAGCUACCUGGCCCAGCUCCUCCCUUUGCCAGAGGACCUCAUCAAGGGCGAGUUGGAUACGUUGCGCCGCAUCUUGAAGGCGCCCCCCAAGAGCUUCGCCCUGAACGACCUGCUGAGCAUGGGGGAAUGGGCGCCCGGGCCCGCGUUGAAGGCGCUGCUGCCUGCAGCUUGGGCCGCGGCUUGGAGGACGGCCGAGGUCACGCUCAACGGGUGGCGUGACUUCGCAGCGGAAUGGCAGGAACUCGCAUUCGAAUUGCUCCCAGCCCGCACCGUCCUGGAAGGGCGUUGGGCCGCCCCUGUCUGGACGAGGACGCAAUCUAUGGCCCAGUACAUGCUCUCGGUCACCGAGGCCGCGGUCAACGCGCCCAGCAAGCGGCUCUGCCAGCGACGCCGGCAAGCGCUAGCAGCAGGCAAUGCCGCGGCGAAGGAUGAGCGCACCCGCGCGCACGUGGCCUCCCAGCACUUGCACCCUGAGGCGUUCCACAUGACCCUCGGGCGCCGGCUGCGCGCGUGGUGGCCCCAGCGCCCCCUCCCGAGCGAUUUGCAGCAUCGCUGGGCGGUGCUCCAACGCCAGCUGGCCUGCGCGGCUCCGGGCACGUGCUGGGCCGCCUACCGGACGCUGGCGGGAGCAUGGCCGACGUCGCACCGCAUGCACGUUGGUCAGCCGCGGCUGCCCUGCAGGUGGGGGUGCGAAGGACAUGCGGACGAAAUCUCCCACUACCUGUCCGGCUGCCGCGGGGCGUGGUGGAGUGUCUGCGUGGCCACGCGUUCCAUCGCGCACGCGUGCCCCCUGCAUCGCCUUGGCCUCGGCACAUCGGCGGACUACGACGAAGAGCUGCACGGCGAGAACGGGCUCCCCAGAACGGUGGCGCGGCUGGCGACGCUGUACCACACGUACAACCUGCUCCGCCACCGGCCUGGCCCGGUUCAGCCGCCUCCGGAGGUGGCCCAGGUUUUGGCCCGCGCCGCGGCCCAGCGCGUCCAGGUUCCGCCGCUGCAG